CUUGUGUUUGAAUAUAUGCUGUUAUUAGGUGAGGAAGGUGAGGAUUCAGAGCUCUUAUCUGUAUUCCCAAUAAAAAUGUCAACUAAAAAACCGAAAGUCUUACUUAACUCACAUUAUAUAACAUCAUAAUCACCUUGCAGCAUGCAUGAAAUUUAUUUCCAAGAAGCAAGUAAUGGAAGACCAACAGAAGAGGAUUCAUCCAGUGGUUGAUGUUAAAUCACCACCGCCACGACCACCACCAGUAAUGGCAUCUAUGUUGUCUCGGGGCUCUGCAACAUCAGACAAAGGUAUGCUAAAUAUGGCACCACGACCGCCGUCCAUGGUAACUGUACCUCUAGUACCGCAGGGCCAUGCAACAUCUGAAAAAGUGCUUCCACGCCGGCGGCAAAGGAGCUGCUGUUGCAAGUUCAUUUGCUGGACGAUCAGCCUUCUCUUCGUCAUCCUCAUCCUCAUUGCUGCUACAGCUGGCAUUCUUUAUCUUAUCUUCAGACCAAAGCUUCCAAAAUAUUCCAUCAACAAUCUUAAUAUAAGUGACUUAAGGCUCAACUACGACCUCAGUCUCUAUGCCAAGUUCAACGUCAAGAUCACCGCCAAUAAUCCCAACGAGAAGAUUGGAAUUUACUACGAAAAAGGGAGCCGGUUAAGCGUCUGGUACACCAACAGCAUGCUUUGUGAAGGGUCGUUGCCGAAAUUCUACCAAGGGCAUCAGAACAUCACAAAACUGGAUCUGGCUUUGACUGGACAGAAUGAGUAUGGGAGCACAAUAAUGGCAGCAUUGCAAGAGCAACAGCAAACCGGACGCAUUCCACUGGAACUUAAGGUGGUGGCGCCCGUGGCCAUCAAACUGGGAAGCUUGAAGCUGAGGAAGAUGAAGAUUUUGGGACAAUGCAAUCUGGUGGUGGAUAGUUUAUCUGCAAACAAUCUCAUAAGCAUCAAGGCUAGUAACUGUAGAUUUGGAUUGAAGCUCUAAAUUUCUCAAUCACACCAAAGCGUCCCACUUUUCCUCCUAUACUAAGAUUUGUUUUUACACAUAAUAUUACACCACCAAUCGACAUUUUUUGAUAUUCAUCUUUGCAUUUGUGAUUGAGUUUGAACAGUUGGGUAUGUUUGUAGCCUUUACAGAAUUUACAAUCAAACCACGUAAAUUGUACUUUCCUUCUUUAAUUUAAAGAAUAUCAUACCAUUCUAGUGAUUAUGGAACAAAAAUAUUGGUAGAGU